AUGCUGAUCGCUUCCUCGUCUCUGGGAAUACUGUUACUGUCUGCGGCAGCCGCAACCAGCGUGGCCCGCCAAGCGUCGCAGGGAUACUUUCAGUGGGGCUCAGCGCCUAUCCGAGGCGUCAAUCUGGGCGGAUGGCUCGUCCUCGAGCCAUGGAUCACACCAUCGAUAUUCGAAGACAAGCCCGAUUGGGUUGUGGACGAGUGGACGUACGGGGCGUACUGGCGCGACAGGCGGGACACGUACAGCGAGAUACGAACGCACUGGGGCAGCUGGUUCAAGCAGUCUGAUCUUCAAGAGAUGAAGCGUGUUGGCCUCAAUACCGUCCGCAUACCCAUAGGCUACUGGUCCCUAAUCCCCUUAUCGACGUCUGAGCCAUACCUCCCUGGCGCGUUCGACUAUCUCAAACUCGGCGUCAACUGGGCGCAGCAAGCCGGCUUAUCGGUCAUGAUCGACCUGCACGGCGCUCCGGGCUCGCAAAACGGUUUCGACAAUAGCGGUUUCCGCGGACCGCGCGAGUGGUUCUGGAACCAGACGAAUGCGGACCGGUCCAUCUCUGCUCUCAAGGUCCUGGUGGCGGAGUUCUCGCAGGCUGGGUAUGCCAAUACGGUGACGGCAAUAGGACUGCUGAAUGAGCCGUUUCCGGUCAGUCCGGAUCAGGUGGGAUUUCUGCGCAAGUUCCUGCAGGACUCGUAUGCGUCUUUGAGGGCUAUACAGACGCAGAAGCAUCUGGUGAUCGUAAUUGACUCUGCAUACCAGGGUCUACCGGCAUGGCAGGACUUCAUGGUACAGGGGUACUAUGAUGGGGUCGAGACUGAUUGCAGGUUCAACAACUACACCCUCGUCUAUGGGUACAAUCAAGUCCUCCAGUGGUUCUGCAAUCAGACGGACUACUUUCGCGCGUCAGACAAGACCCACUGGACCAUUAUUGGGGAGUUUACACCGGCGCAUACGGACUGUGCGAGAUGGCUGAAUGGAAGAUGUAGAGGUGCAAGGUGGGAUAACAGCUUGAACGGGCACAGAUUGACCUUCCCUGGUGACUGCAAAAAGAAGACUGGGUCGGAUAUCAGUCGAUGGGAUGGUGACUAUGUGGAGCAUCUCGCCCGGUCCUUCGAGACUCAGACUUAUGUGUACGAACAGGCUAGCGGAUGGAUCAUGUGGACGUGGAAGACGGAAGAAGCGGCAGACUGGAGCAUGUCGGCUGGGAUCACGUAUGGGUGGAUCCCAACGCCUGUCUGGAACAAAACGAGGGGGUAA